UUUCAUUAUAUAGUGUUUGACUGUUUGUUCAUAUGUCAAACACAAGCGUGAUGAAAAACUGAAAAUGGACGACCGAUAGUUUUUCUUUUGGCACGUGAACUAAAUAAUUACUUUUCGUUUAUUUAGAACGAACGGUUCACCGUCAAACUGGGGACCAAAACGGUGGAAAGGUUCCUAAACCUAGCGGACGAGAAUUUCGUCGAAGAUGUCAACGAAGACUUGAAAUGUUUUCUAGCCGAAAAAAAAGUUGACAGUGUGCUGGUGUUUCCGCCGGUGAGCAACUACCGUCGCUUCCUGAUCCACCGCUGCGUGGAGCAGUUGUCGCGGUCGGACCUCACCACCUUCUCCAUCGGCGUCAGCGACAAGCGGCGCACUGUUGUUUGCUACCGGGAGAAAUUAUUAAGUGAUGAGGCGUGCGCCCGGCCAGCCAUGGGCCUGACGCACGCCGCGCCCGACGCGCGCCCCGCGCCCGCCGCGCCCGCCGCGCCCGCCGCCCACGACGCGGCGGGGGUCUGCAGGGCGGCGCGCGCGCAGCCUCAAGAAAAGAUCAGAUCCGGAUCAACGAAACCGCGACGACCAGACCGGGCCGUGUACGUUCCGAGGGCCCUGCGUGCCAACGAAAGCGCGGAGGAGAAUCGAACCGAAAGCAAGAAGGCAACUCCCGAAGGGAAGUGUCCGAAAUCACCGGCGUCCAAAGAUAAAUCUGCUCACGGCACACCAAAAAAAUCUCUAGGCAAACAGUUCUGCAACGUAUACACUCCACCGCACCUGAGGAACCAGACGGCAGCGGGCCCCGGAGCAGGCAGUCCGCCGGCCGAGGAUAAGCAGGAGCCUGCAGUGCCAAACAGUGAUAGUGCAAUAUCGUUUAGUGAUAAUAGUUAUAACGAAGUAGACGAGGCAGAGAAUUUCUACAUAGGUGAUUAUUUCGCGAACGGACAGUUAGGAUUUUAUAGGCCGAGCUACUACGAUUACGAGGGUAACAAUUACGAAGACGGCUGGAAAUCAAAUGAGUCUAACGAACUGAAUAUGGCCGCUCCAGAAACUCACAGCAAUAUUAUUGAUAAUGAUUAUUUAUAUAAGAAAGACGAGGACGUCGAGGCGAACGAGCUGAAGCGCGCCUCGCAGGAAAUAAAUAGAAGCAGUAAGAGAAUUAUUAAGCAGAGCUUCGACUCUGAUGUGCUAGUUAUAUCGGACCCGAUCGAGGAGGCGCCCAGUCCGAAAGAUGUCAGCGAGAACGAGUCCCCGGCCGUCGAGGAGAAGGAAGAGACUAUAAAAAAGCCGAAACCAAAACUGGAGGCCAAAGUUUCCUUGAAACGAGAAGAGAACGACUGGGAUGCAGUUUUCGACGACAGCGGCGAAUGCCUAGACCCCUCCUUACUGGAGGAGUUAACGGCGACAGUCGGCAAGGUGCACAUUAGCAAAGCGAAGAAUAAUUCGAGGGGUCAGGCUUUGUUCAACGGCCCCUACGACGAGACCUUCGGCCACGUGGUCGAGGUGUACGACUUCCCCAGCGAGUUCAAGACGAAUGAUAUAUUUUCGUUGUUCAGUGAAUACAAGGACACUGGUUUCGAGAUUAAGUGGGUGGACGAUACGCACGCACUGAUCGUGUUCAGCAGCGCCAAAAUAGCUGCGGAGGUGCUGUCGAUGCAGAGGCCGCUGGCAAAGUGUCGACCGCUGCACGCCGCCACGCUCGAGUCACGGAACAAGGCGAAGAAAUGCGCCGAGUUCCUGCAACCGUAUAGGCAGCGGCCGGAGACGUGCACGGCGCUGGCGCGGCGCCUCGUGUCGGGCGCGCUGGGCGUGCGCCUCAGCACGGCGCGGCAGGAGCGCGCCGAGGAGCGCCGCCUCAUCACGCUGGCGCGCGAGAAGAAGCGGCUGUCGGCGCUGCACAAGCAGGAGGCGUGGGACGGGUCGCUCGCCAACAGCGCGCUCGACGCGUAGCCCCCCCCCCCCCUACACACACACAAAGCUACGGCAUUGUGCAGAUGGAUGCCGAGUCGGCGCGCCGGAGCGUCGACAUCUCGUUUACUAAAUAAUAAUUAAAAAUAAGAAACUCUCAAAUACAUGUAUAUUAUACGUAAAGUUAAAUAAUUUCUAAUGAUAGAUAAUUUUCAAAGAACGAAUAAACUAGUUAAAUCGAGUGAGUGACGGGGCCGCCCCGCCCGCACGGGCCGUCCCGCUCUACGUCGCGGCCCCGCCCGACGUCUCGCUCUGUAUCAACGUUCAAGUUGGACUGAUCCGAAGUGAACGCUGGUCAAAGUCAAAUUGACCGAUUGAGAUUAAAAUAAUUGGUAAUUCAACGGUGGCAGCUGGUGACGUGACAAUCCACCAACGAGCGCUCACUUGGCUCAACAUUUCUGAAACUGGCAGGUAUUUUAUUGAAUGCCUCCACACACGGGGGACGUGCUGUCCGUCGCCGACACCAAUCACGAUCAAUAUUUAAUGAAUCACUGUGCAGUACAUUUACUAGUCGUGUUUAACUUGUGACCUCCUUCCGAAGUCAUCGCAGGGCGGGCGGCGCGCGUGUUCCCCUUACCCGUAUACGUAUACACCUAUACAUAUAUGCGUGUCGUUAUAUCUCGUGCCGCGUCCGCGCGCCGGCUGUGGCGCCGCCUGCACCAGCUUACAUGUAUAUUACUGACGCAUUCAAUUUGAGAAUGAUUAUGUAUUGUAAAUUGUGAUGUUUUUAUUCGUAGCGCCAUCUAGCGGCGGCUUGGAGGCUCAAACUAUGUUGUAUUCACUUCCCCUCGGCGCGAACGUACCGCCGAGGAAACGAAAUGUUUUAAAAUUAUACGAAAUCGUUAUAUAAUGUUUACUUGUCAUACGGACAGAGAAAAGACGAUCUCAAUGGUUCUCCUCGGUCUUUUGGCCACCUCGAGUGAUUUGGGAUUAACUAUGUUCGGUAUUGACCUGAAUGUGAUUAUUAAAAAAGAUGACGCUGUGAACAAGAUGUAUGGAAUUCUCUGUAGCGGUUGUUUUUAAAAUUUAGUCAAAGUAUAUGUUACGCGUUUCACGUACUCGUUGAGGUCAGUCCAAUAAAAUAUAUUGAGAUUUUUUUUUCAUAAAAUUGUCAUUAGCGAACUGGAGGUGGGAAGUCUUCCACGCCACUCUUCCGCACCCGAACCGUCCCCCCACACACACAACCGUGCACAGACUCGGUGCGAGUGAUAUCUUCGCCGAGAGGCGUAGUUCAAUUUUCAUCACUUUUAGUUUGUAUCGUCUAAAAACAAGCUUGAUCUCUAAAAAAUAUUAUUUUAUAUAUUGUGUUGUUUUAAUUUACUUUAUUAUAUAUAUAACUACCGAUAAGCAUAUUUCGUACAUAAGUUCUUCGCUGAGACAACGCAAUUAUAUUUAAAACCUGUUUGUUGUCACUAAUGCUAGAAUAAUUUUCACUCAUCGAAGCUACGCUACGUGAGUGACUCCACUCGGGGCCGGACGGGGACGGAGCCGAGUGGAGUCAGAGUGAGAGGGAGCGGAAUAUAAACUGCUUCUGUGUGUUUCGUUGUCUGAUCAAACGAGGAAAUGUUUUAAUAACAAACGUUUGUUAAUUUUACAAAGAAGCGUUUGGUUAAUAAUAACUAAAAAAUUAUUUGUACGAAGUUUUCUUUUGCUUUGUUUUGUAAUUGUUUUGUAAUCGUUUUGUAAUCGUUUCACUUGCACGUGAACGUUUAACUGGACGUCGCACUGGCAUACUUCAUCUUUAGGCUAGAUUAAAUAUUAAUCAGGAAACACUAAAACUGUAAUGUCGUCCUAGCAAACUAUCUCGCCGUAAGAAACUUUGUAAUAUGUUUUACUCGUAAAGUAUAUAAAUAAUAUGUUAUAUUAGUAUUUUAAUACCAAAUAUUAGCGAAUCAUAAUAAUAGAGUGUUAGGGCGGCGCUCGUAUUGAGAUCGAAUUCAAGUGGAAUAUCUUGUGUAUAUAUAAUUGACAGAAUUAAAAUCUUUCACAGCAUCGUUUGAAACAUCGGCGGCACCAGCGAGCGCGAGUCCCAAACGACAGUAGGUAUCCGCUGCCGGUUCGAACGUGUAUUUUUCAUUGCAAACUUUUCCGUAAGCAGAAAUAUUCAAUAUAGGCGACGGUCUAUUCCCUCCCGACGGCGCGCCCCAAUAGAUAAAUAACAAAUAUGAUUUAAGUAGAACUGUUUUGCUGUCUGGGGGGUCACGGGGGGGGGGGGGGGGGUCGUCGACAGCGUCUGUUUAUCAUAAACACGUUGGCCUAUUCCGUGGGGGUUGUCUCGUAUCAUACAAAUGUCACUCAGUCGUGAAAUAUCAAAACGUGAUUUUGCCAUCGAAAGUGACGUCGCGUGUAGUCGUUCGAUUGCGUCUUUGUUUCAUAACGUUAUGAAAAUCGAUCAUAUAUGCUGAUGAUAUAUGCUACAUUGUUGAGUGUUUUUGAAAAUUUUUGAUGUUUGUUUUUCUCCGUGUGGCUCGCGUUUUUUGCGGUGGAUUUAAACGGAUACUCGAAGUAUCACAUUUAAUAAAAAGUUUUUUACUCGUAGAUUAUUUUUCUUGACUAAUGAACGUGAAGAAGAUUCGAAAAUUAAAACAUAUUUGUGAUUUCUUUUCUGUCUUAAUAAUCGAUAAUAUUCCAUUGUUCCUUAAUUGAUAUCGUGUUUUUAUACAUUGUUUUGGAAUUCUCAAAGACGAUCUUGUAACAUUAAACUGUAUUAAUAAUAAUACGAUAAAUUUAAUCAAUAAUUAAGCAUUUAUCGAAUAUCUCUAUUAGUGUUUGUACGUGCUUAGUUUCUCCCUCCGACGUCGGUCAAUUUGUUUCGAUAAGAUAUUUUUUAAAACUUCGAUUCAAAUUUAAUUCAAACAAGACGUAGUAUUGAACUAUCGAUGGUCGUUGCAAUUUUAAAUAAUAAUAAUAUUCUUAUCGUCUUUAGAAGUUAAGCUAUAAUAAAGAAAAAAAAAUGUCUAUGAUAUCUCAUCUCGAUCCGAUACAGGAGUCGGUCUGUUUGUGACUGGUUCUCUGCCUUUAAAGUCGGGUUUUAAUAAUUUGUCGCGAAACAAUCACGACAUUGUGAAAACUUCUAUAAUUCAAGAGAUCAAUGAUAAACGUUGUCUGACUAGCUGAAGUUAUCGUUAAGCAAAAAUAAAAUUAUACUUUUCUUUAAAAAAAUUAGUCGAUUUUGCUUUUAAUGCACUAAAUUCUUUUGGACCUCGAGUCGGCUCCGAGAAGCACCCGCAGCACCCGCAGCACCGGUGGGAGCUCUCGAAUCGAGCGACGGGUCUGUUAGUGAUGUAGCGAUUCUAUCGAUAUUUUACGAAUACAAUUAUACACACAUGUUGUAAGACUCGGUAAAUAUCACAUCGAAUCGAUUUUAACACGUAUUUGCAACUUAUUAAAGCAUUUACACCAUCGUUUAAUAGUGUAUUAAUGUUAAAUUAAUGUUAGUUUGACCGUCCAUAAUUAUUUUGAUUGCAAAUGAUUUAUUUUUAAAUUAUAACGUAUUUUUGAUUUGUCAGUAUAUUAUGCAAUAGAAACGAUAUUUUUGCAGAUAAUUUAACAAGUGAUGACGUCCGAUUUGUAUCCCCACUCCAAUAAACAGAUAUUCGGUAGAUAAAUAAAACGAUCACAAAAAAGUCAUAUUUUAUAAGCUAUGUAAAAUCCAAAGUCAUAGAAUAGUCGAAAAAAAAUCUAUCACGUGAACGGGACCUUAUUUGUAAUUAAAGUUUUGACUUUUAUAUUAAUGUGUACUUUGUUUUUUGAAACCAGCUUUUUAGAUCUAUCCGCGUCCAUUAGUUUAGUUAAAAAAAAAUGUUGUCAACGUGACACGUGAACUGUAUACGGGCUGUAUCUUAGCCUCUUUAAUAUCACCCGGAAAAAAAAAAACAAAAAAUGCAAUUUUAUUUAUUGACUUGCGCGGAUAGGUCUUUAAAGUGUUGCCAAUUUUGGUUCGAUUUAAUUUAACAAACGCUGGCAAUAUUGUUGUGAACUUGUGCGUCUGUGUCUGUAAGAUUCUGUUGAGAACAUUAUAUAUUUAUAAAUAUUUUUGUACUCAUUGAAUUUUUAAUUAUGAAAUAAAUAGUCAAAUACA